AUGAUGAUGGAAAUGGGCAUGAACAGAAUUCUCAGAAAGAUUGCUGGUGCAUUCUCAACCAUCACUCAGUUAACGAAGAGUGGCGAUGAAUAUUCAUUGAACACAAUUAUUGUGUUUUACAAGACAAGUCAAACAUUUAAAGCUGGUCAAGGCAAAAAUGUCACAACAUCUGAUGGCAGGAAGGUAUUAAAUAUUUUCGAAAUUCAUGGAAAUAAACUUCUGGAGAAGCAAAUUGGUGAAAAGACAUUUAUUGUUGAGCGAGAAUUUUUUGAUGAUCAGCUGAUUGUUAAGGCUGGAUUCGAGAAUGGGAGUCUCUGUACUUGCUGGUGUAAAGUUGUGUCUAGUUAA